AUGGUUUCAGCAUCAACAACGAGAGCAAAAAAUCGAUUGUUAAGAGACUUGAAGGAGAUUGAGAAUAAUCCAUUAGAAACUGUGUAUGCCCAACCUUUGCCAAACGAUAUAUUUCAUUGGUAUGCAACAGUGUUGGCUCCAAAGGAAUCUCGUUACCAUGGAAUUAUAUUGAAUUUGAGUAUUGUUUUCCCAGAAACGUAUCCGAAAGAUCCACCCAAGGUUGUUUGCUCGACUCGUAUUCACCACCAUCAUGUCUUUCCAACUUGGAUCUGUUUGGACAUGUUGAGAACUCACUUUUCA